UGUACAGCUAUACUAGCACUCAGCAGGCAGGAGACGGCGCGGCGACGGCCUGAUGUUUUUCUUUUACUAGUACUUGGCCUAUCAAUCAAUGCUGCGCGUGCAAUGGCGUACGUGCCUACAUGUGCACAUAUGCAGUGUAGCCAAGCCAAUAACAUCUUUCACAAUCUUUGAUAUAGCGUUGAUAACUAGUUGUGGAUUAGCGAAGCUGCGGAUUGCAACUGCUUGGAACUGAUGACAUCGUACGUCAACGUAUAGUCGCUAUAGUAUAGGCCUACUUGAGUUUGGUGCCACUUGCAUGACUUGCGGUAGUACCGUACCGGUACAGUGACAGUGCUAGAUGUUCCGAAUCAGUUGUCAUUCCUGCGUGCCAUGCAUCGAUUCAACAAGUAAUCGGUCGCUUGUAUAAAUCGGAUGGUGUGUCGACAAGUCUGAACUGAAGCAAGGGAAGGCACUCAGCAGGAUGGGUGCUGUCACAGAUGGAAAAUAUUCCCAUGGGAAUGGAAAAGACAACAAUAACGACAGUGCACCAGGAUCCAGUAACUUUAGUCGAGUGCUCAUCAGGGGUGUGUUGGUGUUCAUUCUUGGAGGUUUGUUUUUAUCCUAUACAACUCGGAUGUUCACUGGAUCCAGCGCCAUCACUAAAAAUGAACAGGCGCAAUUUUGGAGAGUGGACAGUCUCACACAGACGGAGAUAGUUGUCAACACCCACAGACGCACUCAGCCAGAGGCAACCGGUCUGAACCGCAACAAAACUGUGCCAUUGUCACAAUCAGACAGUGUAGAAACUGAUAAACAGAAUGUUACACAGGGUACGGGGCCAGCGAGUGAUGACAUCAUCAGGCCCAUUACUAUGGAUAAACAUAAUGACAGCAGCAUUAGCAGCAGCGGUCGAGGCAAUGAUGCAAUCCAAACUAUAUUCUCAACCUUACAGUUAUCAUAUACGGACAUCAAGCUUGGAGAGGAUAACGGGAUACCAACAGUGCAAUUUCUUGACGUCAGUGAAGCGCUGAAACCAUUACUAGAUGCAGUAGGAUCUUCCGUGAGUCUCAUUGAAGGUGACAUAGGAGGCAAUGCCCAGAAACUUAGGAAGUGUUAUGAUGAGACCCCAACUCAGUGCCAAACCAUUCAAGACAUGUUGACCUAUGACAUCAAGAUGGGCAGAGCGGAAGAGGACGAGCGCUCGGUGGUAUCCCUUACGUGGUUCAAAAGAGCUUUUGAAUUCAUUAAAAAAUUAAUGGUCUACAUAGCAAAUGGAGCUGAGCCAUAUGACGCAGCUAAAGCGGCAUACGAGGAAGUGCUAAGCAAGCAUCAUGGCUUUGUGGUCAGGUUCUCUUUCAAGGGCGCUAUGAACCUAUUGCCAUCUAGAGACAACUUCUUAAAGAAUCUCGUCGUUAACGAGGCAGAUCUUGCCAAGCCAAGCUGGAAAGCCGAGGUCACGGCCGACAUGAAGCAAUACUUCCUGGGCAUGGAAAACAUCCUGAGUAUCCUGAGAGAAUUUUUUAAGGAGCACAAAUUGGAAAACUGAAACAUUGCUGUCUAUGGGAAAAAUUUGCAGCAACCGCUGAUCUCGAUUGGCACCUUGGUACAAUAGAACAUCGCUACAACAUACACCACUACACCUAAGUUUGGCUGUGUAAAAAUCCUCGUUGGCCCAAAAUUUCUGCACAUUUUCAGGUCUUUAUUCAGGCAUUACGUUAUCUAAGAGCGCCUUUAUGUUAAUAAUGUUAAACUGUUUCAUGUUGCUAUUUCAGUUUUUCCAGACGUGCCAUUUAGUUCAUAUUAUUGUUUGUUUCAUUUGAUAUUUGCCAUGGAAUAUCAAAAAACUGGUGUCAUAAAACGUAUAUUUUGAUGGAUUUGGUGUAUCCAUGAAAUUUUAAGCACAAGUUUAACCCUGACUUUCCAUAAAGGUACAAAUACUACUCGUAUUAAACUGCGGCAGUACUAUCCUAUAUAAAUAUUGAAUGCUUCGAGUGGUGUAGUAAAACUAGCCUCCCGAGGUGAUCCAUGGUUCGCCGAGGGAAAAUAGAAU